GUCCUGGAGCGGCGCAGCGGCUGCGGCUCAUCAGAGCGGGAUUCUGCUCGACCGCUGCGGGACACGGAUCCUCCCAGCUCCGCCUCAACCGCCAGGGAGAUGCAAACAACCUUGUUUUAAAGCCGUGCAAACGUCGCUACGGGCCAAGAUGACGGUGGAUUUUGAGGACUGCAUCAAGGACUCCCCCCGGUUCAGGGCGAAUAUUGAUGAAGUGGAAACGGAGGUUGUGGAGAUCGAGGCUAAACUAGAUAAGCUGGUGAAGUUAUGCAGCGGGAUGAUCGAAGCUGGGAAGGUUUACGUCAGCGCCAACAAGCUCUUCGUCAACGGCGUCCGGGACCUGUCUCAGCAGUGCAAGAAGGAUGAGAUGAUCUCGGAGUGCCUGGAAAAGUGUGGGGAAAGCCUGCAGGAGAUUAUCAACUACCACAUGAUCUUAUUCGACCAAGCCCAGCGGUCUGUGAAGCAACAGUUGCACAACUUUGUGAAAGAGGAUGUUCGGAAGUUUAAGGAGACAAAGAAGCACUUUGACCGGGUGCGGGAGGACAUGGAGAUCGCCCAGGUGAAGAACGCUCAGGCGCCCAAGAACAAGCCUCACGAGGUGGAGGAAGCCACCAGCUCUCUCAGCAUCAGCCGCAAGUGUUUCCGGCACCUGGCCCUGGACUACGUCCUGCAGAUCAAUGUCCUUCAAGCAAAGAAGAAGUUUGAGAUCCUGGACGCUAUGCUGUCCUUCAUGCACGCCCAGCACUCUCUGUUCCAGCAGGGCUUCCACCUGCUGGACCAGCUGGACCCCUACAUGAAGAAGCUGGCCGCUGAGCUGGACCAGCUGGUGAUCGACUCGGCCAUGGAGAAGAGGGAGAUGGAGCACAAACACGCCACCGUCCAGCAGCGGACGCUCAUGCAGGACUUUUCCUAUGACGACUCGAAGGUGGAGUUCAACGUGGAUGCUCCUAAUGGUGUGGUGAUGGAGGGAUACUUGUUCAAGAGAGCCAGCAAUGCCUUCAAGACCUGGAACAGACGGUGGUUCUCCAUUCAGAACAGUCAACUGGUCUAUCAGAAGAAACUCAAGGAUUCCAUCACCGUGGUGGUGGAGGACCUCCGGCUGUGCUCCGUUAAACCCUGCGAAGACAUCGAGAGGAGGUUCUGCUUUGAAGUCGUGUCCCCCACCAAGAGCUGUAUGCUGCAGGCCGAGUCUGAGAAGCUACGGCAAGCGUGGAUUCAGGCCGUUCAAGCCAGCAUAGCCUCGGCGUACCGCGAGAGCCCAGACAGCUUCUACAUCGAGCAUCUGGACAGAACGGCGUCUCCGUCCACCAGCAGCAUCGAUUCGGUCAGCGAGCCGCGAGAGCGCAGCAGCAGGGGGGAGACCAUCCUGCAGCGUAUCCAGUGUCUUCCAGGGAACGAGCAGUGCUGCGACUGCGGCCAGGCCGACCCCCGCUGGGCCUCCAUCAACCUGGGCAUCCUGCUGUGUAUCGAGUGCUCCGGCAUCCACAGGAGUCUGGGGGUUCACUGUUCCAAGGUUCGCUCGCUCACGCUGGACUCAUGGGAACCGGAGUUAUUUAAGCUGAUGUGUGAGCUUGGGAACAGUGUCAUCAACCACAUUUACGAAGGUUCAUAUCGAGAACAAGGUCUGAGUAAACCAUCCCCUUCCAGCUCCAGGCAGGAGAAGGAGGCCUGGAUCAAGGCCAAGUACGUGGAGAAGAAGUUCCUGAAGAAGCUGGGCUCCACGCAGAUCCUCGUCAACGGGGGGCGCAAGUCUGAGCGGCGGUGGAGCGUGAAGAAGUGUCGGAGGCACAACAGCGCCACCACCAUAUCCAAAACACGACAGAAGUACCGGCCGGAGCCGGGCAGCACCUCCCCGUCCACCCUGUCGGCAGCAGCUGCCAAGUUCAGACGAGAGUCCUUGUUCUGUCCUGAUGAGCUGGAUUCUCUCUUCUCCUACUUCGAUACGGGAUCCGGCCCACGAAGUCCGGCAGGUCUGAGCAGCGACAGCGGCCUGGGCGGCAGCACCGACGGCAGCACAGACAUCCUGGUGUUCGGCUCCGUGGUGAACAGCGUCACGGAGGAGGAGUGUGAGGCGUCCGAGGACUCGAGCGGCGACGCGGAGCUGGAGCCGGAGCAGGAGGCCUCGGACCCGGAGGACGUCAGGGAGAUCCACCCCGGAGCGCUGCUCUACAAGGCCUCCAAGGUCCGCAACCUGCCCGUCAUGGCUGAGGCGCUGGCUCACGGGGCCGACGUCAACUUUGUCAACGACGGAGACGGAGGAAAGACGCCGCUCAUCCAGGCUGUGGUCGGGGGUUCUCUGAUCGCCUGUGAGCUGCUGCUGCAGAACGCUGCUGACGUCAACCAGAGAGACUCCCGGGGGAAGGGGCCCCUGCAUCACGCCACGUAUCUGGGACACACCGGGCAGGUGUGUUUAUUCCUAAAAAGGGGAGCGACGCAGAACGACGUGGACGAAGACGGCCAGGACCCUUUAAGCAUAGCCGUGCGGCAAGCCAACGCAGACAUCGUUACGCUGCUGCGUCUGGCCAGGAUGAACGACGAGAUGCGGGAGUCGGAGGGUCCGCUGGGCCAGCCAGGAGAUGCCACGUACGUUGAUAUCUUCCGGGAAUUCUCCCACAUGGCAUCCCAUAACCCAGAGAAGCUGAAGAGAAGGAGUCUGCACUUCCGCCACUCCUUCAGGUAGUCCAGCCAGCGUCGGAAGAGGAAGAGAAUACUUGAAGAACACAAAACAAAAGCAACUUUAGAUACAUUAGUCCCAGCCGGGGUACAAGGAUUACUGACGUCAAGGAGAAGCUGGAUGCCUUCACAACACCCGGCCUGUUCUACUCCACUGAACAAUUCACACACGCUGCAUUUCAUGUGUGUGUCAGCGAAAACAUGUUUAGGAUAGAUGUAUAAUGUCUGAGUUUCAAAAAGACUUUUGAUGGGACUUUGGUCUGGAGGAUUUGCUGGUCACUUCCUCUCAGAUAUGUAUAUCUAUACAGUUUUCUACAGUGUUAGAUGAGCACUUGUUUUGUUUAUUCUGAUCUAAGUCAACAUUGUUUUACUGCCAUAAGUGUUUGAUUCUUGAAGGAAAUUCAUUUAUAUUCUCUAUAAUUAGUUUUCCUGUUUGUGUAAUGCAUGCACAAUAUUCUGUUUCCUACUCAAGCUUGGAUUCAUUAGCUAUAAUAACAUGAUGUUGCAGUAUUAUUUCUCUCAAUGAACAGUUUAUUAUGAUACGAAAUGUGUUUUAUUUAGCAUCGACUAUGCUGGUGUAGUCCUUGUAAUAAAUUGUUGGAAUGUACUUUGCCUCACUGCUAUAAAAUGUGGUGUUUAUGUUCCCUUAAACUUGCCCGAGAAGUAAAGUGGUAAUAUAUCUGAUGGAGCAGGAGUACUGGUGAGAGAUGGGUGGAAAUAAAAGCUGUCCAUGUCCAUGUC